AUGCCAAGGGGAACCACUCUGCUACUGCGGCAGUGCUGGCUGCUGCACCAGCAGACUCUACCCUUUGGUGGCAAAAUCCACCCUUCUGAUGUGCCAACCUUUGCACGAAUCCUCCAAGAGUCCUGGAAACGCUCGGGUGCUCGCAAUGACGUAUCCAGUUAUCGGCCCCUCUUUGUCUCUUCUCUCCCUGGAAAGAGUGCCCGAAAGCGGGCACCUGUUCUGCUCCCGGCUUUGUACCUGCAAGCCUUCUUGAGGGGUGAAAAGAAGGUGGGGCGAAGUGUGGCGAUAGUGUUCCUCGACUCUCAGAGUGCAUACUACCGAGUUAUCCGUGAACUGGCGGUCGGGGAGAUUGAGCUUGAAAGCGACCGCGCGGUGUCCUACAUCUUCAAGGUCUUCGGACUCCAGGCGGAGGACAUGGAAGCUUUCAGGGCCAUGAUCCGUGAGGGUGGCAUGAUGGGUGAUGCCAACAUGCGCCCUCCACUCCGACACCUCGUCAAAGACAUGCUGUACCGAUCCUGGUUUGCUACCAGGCAUGGGACCCAAGAGCGAGUGAACGUCACCCGUGCAGGUUCAAGGCCAGGAUCCAGAUGGGCUGAUGUGGUGUAUGCCUUUGUCCUGAGUAGGAUAUUGACGCAGCUUCAUGAGGUCGCGACGGCCGAGGAGCUGCUGACCCCCCUCCAGGUCAACGAGGAGUGGGCCGAUGAUUGUGCCUUCCAGCUGAGUGAUGGGUCCCCGACUAGGCUUAUGAGGAAGCUGGGCCGCCUGACAGCAUUGAUCAUCGAGUUCUCUGAACGUCAUGGCAUGAUCCCCAACCUCAAGCCCAAGAAAACGGCGACUAUCGUUGCACUACGGGGGAUCCAGAUCGCCCCAGCCUAUGUGCAUCCAGGUGGUGUGAUUGAGCCGGAGAUGAAGCUGGUGCAGGUCCCUGAUCUGACCAUCCCCUUGCCACUCCGAGCUUCACUCUUCCACACGGCGGUCACGUCCACGGGGUUCAAUCUGGGACUUUGGGUACCGAACGGCCGUGCGUGGGACCUCCUUGCAGGUGGUUUCACGAAGAUCCUGAAAGGGCUCCUCUACAAGCAGUUCAAGGGAGAGCUCUACUACAAGCUGCCUGCGCCGGUGGUGCACAUCCUGACCGAGACCCCUGCUCUAGCGACUUACGCCAGGAAGGCGCGGCUAUCCCUUCUGAUGGCCAUGUGCUGGACAGCCCCUGCCCUGUUAUGGGCGGUCCUUCAAAGAGAUGAUGUAUGGAACGCGACCGUCCGCAAGGACCUGGCCUUUGUGCGUGAGGGGGGAAGUCAAUGGCCUGAUCUACAUCCGGCCAGCUGGCCUCGCUGGCAUCAUUUGCUCAAGGAGUUGGGGAAUUUGGGUCAAGCGCCCCAGAUUGCGGCAAAAAUCGCCAAGGAGUUUGUGUACUUUGGCCGCGAGCAGCUGACCCUCCUGGCACUGUGGGGCCUCUACAAGAGGGCGUGCAGCCAGUGGCCCAAGGCGUCGGAGGUUGCAGCUCCGUGGGUGUGUCGGAUAUGCUGCAAAGCCGUCCGUACCAAGGCCGCUCUGGGAGCGCGCGCGCUGCCUACCGCAAGGUCACCGGAGGAACGGCCUGUAGGGCCGGCGGACGCAACUACUGGUCUAGGACAAGACUUGCGGUUCACCUACGGGACUCGCCUGGAUGCACUGCUGUACAACCGUGGCUGGCGUGCAGCAGCUGAGAUGGACUUCACAAUGGCGGUGCCGGAACAACAGACUGAGGCUGCGGCUACUACUGGCGAGGCGCGAUGGCCAGAUGAAGUCAUGCGGGCCUACAAUGCGGUCUGUGACGAACUGACGAGGCGUUUUGCGGACGAGACUGCAGUGGCCUUUCAGACGAGCGUCCUGGAUGUCCUGGUGAAGUUUCCCCUCUACUUUGUGGAGGUGAGGGAGGUCCUUGACGAGAUCGAGGCCGACGUCCGAAUGGUGUGUACCAGUGGUGUCAACGACUACUGGUCUACUGAGGGCACCGAACACCUACUCGAGGCCUUGCAUACGCUUUCGGCAGAUGUUUGGGUCCGGGGCGUUGAUCUAGAUGAGCCUGACAGAAAUAGCUGCUCUGAACAGCACGGGACCCGUGAUGACACCUCUGUAACCCUGGGCGAUGACUGGGAAGCUGCAUGGGAUCGUCCCAGUGAGGUUGUCGGAUAUGCAGCCGUGCAAAGCGAUUUUUGGUGCUUGUUGCCUGGACCUUUGCAAAGGGCGUGGGACUUAAUCCUUGAAGGAGAUAAGCCCAUAGUACAGGCCCCGAACACCCGCUUUCAAGACCCUACCGAAUGUGUGGGGCCCUAUUGCAAUCUGAUUAGGCUGCGAAUCUACCUCUGA